CUGCGUCACUUCCUGUUCUGAUCUGCUUGUGUGGGUCCCUUCUAGCCACAACCGCCUCUGUUAGCCGUCCUGUAAGAUACGUACUUUUCUGAACGUCGUGUGCGUCUUGUUUGGAUUUGUGCGAAAGGGCCUUUGUCGGGCCGUCAACAAUGGCGGACAUUAAGAACUUCCUGUAUGCUUGGUGUGGAAAAAAGAAGCUAACGCCAAGUUAUGACAUCCGAGCUGCUGGAAAUAAAAACAGACAGAAAUUCUUGUGUGAGGUGCGUAUUGAGGGUUAUAAUUACAUUGCCAUGGGAAAUUCUACCAACAAGAAAGAUGCUCAGUCCAAUGCAGCCCGAGAUUUUGUGAAUUAUCUUGUUCGGACGAAAGAAGUUAGUCCUAGUGAAGUUCCUGCUCUAGGGGUCAGCGUACCUGAUGGAGGGAAUGAAGAAGGUGGUGGGUUUGGAAAUCUCCCAUCCAACUGUCCGCUACCUCCACAUCUGGCUGUGAAGAAGGAAUCAGAACCUUCUGAGGUUUCUGCACCCGUUCCUGGAGUCACAGGUUUGGGAUAUUCUGGAUUUGGUAAUAAUGCCCAAUGGGAGCGAGGAGCCAACCUGCAAGAGUAUUACUCUAAGAAAGACGAUCAGGAUGCAAAAGCAACCUUAGAAUCAGAGGAAGUUGAUCUAAAUGCUGGCCUGCAUGGGAACUGGACUCUGGACAAUGCAAAGGCCCGUCUGAACCAGUUCUUUCAGAAGGAGAAGAACCAAACCGACUACAAGUACAGCCAAGUCGGGCCUGACCACAACAGGAGUUUUAUUGCUGAGAUGACAAUCUUUGUAAGACAACUGGGUAGGAAGGUUUUUGCCCGUGAGCAUGGCUCUACGAAGAAGCUGGCCGCCCAGUCUUGUGCGCUGUCUAUUGUCCGUCAGCUUUAUCAUUUGGGAGUCAUAGAAGCCUACACGGGACAGACCAAGAAGAAAGAAGGAGAGACUGUGGAUGUAUAUGAAGUGAAUCUCAGUGAUGAUGUACAGCAUCAAAUACACAGUUUUGUGCAGGAGCUUGGCAUCCAGAUCCCACCUUCUCCUCAGGACCCCAACAGUCCAGUAUCUCUGGUGCAAGGGAAGAUGGCUCAGUUUGAGCCCUCACAAAGGCAGAGCACGGCAGGAGUGGUGCCGUGGUCUCCUCCGCAGGUCAACUGGAACCCCUGGACCAGCUCCAACAUCGACGAAGGGCCGCUAGCAUUUUGUACUCCAGAACAGAUCAGCACAGACCUGCUGCAUGAGCUCAACUACCAGCUUGAACAAGAUAAAAAUCUGCAGACGAUUCUCAUGGAGCGAAGUCAGCUGCCAGUCAAGAACUUCAAGGAGCAAAUCAUGUCCGCCAUUGACAAUAACCCAGUGGUCAUCAUUCGUGGAGCCACUGGCUGUGGAAAGACCACUCAGGUUCCUCAGUACAUCUUGGAUGAGUUCGUACAGGCAGGCAGGGCAUCUGAAUGCAAUAUCAUUGUUACGCAGCCAAGACGGAUCAGUGCUGUGUCAGUGUCUGAACGUGUAUCAUUCGAGAGAGGAGAGGAGGUGGGGAAAAGCUGUGGCUACAGUGUGCGUUUUGAGUCUGUCCUGCCCAGACCUCAUGCCAGCAUCCUAUUCUGCACAGUUGGGGUGUUGCUGAGGAAGCUGGAAGCUGGUAUCCGUGGCAUCAGUCAUGUGAUUGUGGAUGAAAUCCAUGAGAGGGACUUAAAUACUGAUUUCCUGUUGGUGGUGUUGAGAGAUGUGGUCCAGGCUUACCCUGAUGUGCGCAUCAUCCUCAUGUCUGCCACUAUUGACACCACCAUGUUUAGGGAAUACUUUUUUAGCUGUCCUGUCAUCGAGGUGCAUGGACGUGCACAUCCUGUACAAGAGUAUUUCUUAGAAGACUGCAUUCAGAUGACUCAGUUCGUACCACCACCAAUGGACCGGAAGAAAAAAGAUAAAGAUGAAGAUGGUGGAGAGGAAGAUGUGAACUGUAAUGCCAUCUGUGGAUCCGAGUAUACUCUUGAAACCAAGCGUGCCAUGUCUCAGUUGAAUGAGAAGGAAACUGCGUUCGAGCUGAUUGAGGCUUUGCUGAAGUAUAUUGAAACGCUGGAAGUACCAGGGGCUGUGCUAGUCUUCCUGCCAGGCUGGAACCUCAUCUAUUCCAUGCAGAAACACCUGGAGAUGAACCCUCACUUCGGUGGUCAUCGAUACCGAAUCCUGCCGCUUCACUCUCAGAUUCCCAGGGAAGAACAGAGACGAGUGUUUGAGCCCGCUCCUGAGGGUGUGACAAAGGUCAUUUUGUCCACCAACAUCGCUGAGACCAGCAUUACCAUCAAUGAUGUGGUCUUCGUCAUAGACUCCUGCAAGCAGAAAGUGAAGCUGUUCACUUCUCACAACAACAUGACAAACUACGCCACAGUGUGGGCCUCCAAGACCAACCUUGAGCAGAGGAAGGGACGAGCUGGCAGAGUCAAACCAGGCUUCUGCUUUUACCUCUGCAGCAGAGCUCGUUUUGAAAAACUGGAGACCCAUAUGACUCCUGAAAUCUUCCGCACGCCACUGCAUGAGGUGGCCCUCAGCAUUAAGCUACUGAGACUGGGUGCCAUUGGGAAUUUCUUGUCCAAAGCUAUUGAGCCGCCUCCAUUGGAUGCCGUUAUUGAAGCUGAACAUACACUGAGAGAGCUGGAUGCUCUAGACUGUAAUGAUGAGCUGACUCCACUGGGACGCAUUCUGGCCAAACUGCCCAUCGAACCACGUCUGGGAAAGAUGAUGAUCAUGGGAUGCAUCUUUAAUGUUGGAGAUGCUGUGUGCACUGUCUCAGCAGCGACCUGUUUCCCCGAGCCCUUUAUCAACGAGGGCAAACGCCUCGGUUUUGUUCAUAGAAACUUUGCAGGCACUCGUUUCUCAGAUCAUGUGGCCUUACUCUCCGUCUUCCAGGCCUGGGAUGAAGUUCGGAUGGGAGGUGAGGAUGCAGAGAUCCGGUUUUGUGAGCACAAGAGGCUGAACAUGCCCACUUUGAGAAUGACCUGGGAGGCCAAGGUCCAGCUGAAAGAGAUCCUUGUUAACGUCGGCUUCCCUGAAGAGUGCCUCCUGAAUCAGGUGUUUAAUACUGUGGGACCAGACAAUAACUUGGAUGUGGUGAUCUCUCUCCUGACGUUUGGCUCUUACCCCAACGUGUGUUACCACAAAGAGAAAAGGAAGAUCCUGACCACAGAGGGGCGUAAUGCUCUCAUUCACAAGUCCUCAGUCAACUGUCCUUUCAGCAACCAUGAUAUGGUGUAUCCAUCUCCCUUUUUUGUCUUUGGGGAAAAGAUCCGAACUCGAGCCAUUUCUGCCAAAGGAAUGACUCUUGUCAGUCCUCUUCAGCUUAUUCUGUUCGGCACAAAGAAAAUCACCUCCAAUGGAGAAGUUGUUGAGCUUGAUGACUGGAUCAAAUUGAAGAUUCCACAUGACAUAGCCGGUGGUGUGGCGGCCCUGAGGGCAGCGAUGGAAGCCCUGGUAGUGGAGGUGACCAAAGACCCAGAAUACAUCCGAAAUUUGGAUCCCACCAAUGAGCGCUUGCUGAACGUCAUUCGGGUUGUGUCCAGACCCUCAUCAGCUGGCAUCAACCUCAUGGCCUCCAACCCACGCUUUGGAGAUGGUCCACGUCCACCCAAGAUGCCCCGUACUGACUUUGGAGGGGGUGGAGAGUUUAGGGGCCGUGGAGGAGGAGGAUACAGAGGUGGUGGUGGUGGUGGAUCCUGGUCUGGUGGAGGAUACAGAGGAGGUGGAGGAUACCAGGGUGGUGGAGGCGGUUUCAGGGGGUCUGGAGGGUAUCGUGGCAGCGGGGGUGGAUACAGGGGGUCUGAUAGAGGUGGCUUCAGGGGGUCUGGUGGGGGUGGAUACAGAGGAUCUAAUGGGGGUGGAGGAUACAGAGGAGGUGGAGGAGGUGGAAGUGGUGGAGGAGGAGGAGGAGGAUAUGGAGGGAGGGGAUUCAGAGGAGGCUGGGGGGGAAACAGGGGUGGUUAUUAAAGCUGAAUGUCUGAACAAGGAUAUCUUUGGGAAGGUAUAAAACAAUGUUUUAGUUUUGUUGUUGCUUUUUGUUGAUAUUCAAUCUUUCCUCGUUUUGAAUAAAUUGAAACCAUGACUGCCAUACUGUCAGUUAAUAAGUUAUUAAAAAUAACUAUUUGUGACCAAUAAUGUUGUAUUCUAAUAAAAUAAUUUCUCUUUUUUAAUAAUUUUAGUCUUGAUCUCUCUCAUGCCCUCUAAGAAAGAGUUCACUGACUUGAGAAAUGAAGUCACUGGUGGGAAUCAAAUACUCAGUUUCCAGAUGUGUGGUUUUGCAGCAAUGUGUAACUGCAGCCAAGUUUUUUACUGUCCAGAUUGAGCAACAUUUUUUGCCCUAAAACAAACAAUUUAUAGUUUAGAUAUGUGUUUUCAUGAAAUUAAUGUGUGAAAUAUAACAUGUUUGCAGUGAAUAGUAAUGGGUUGCUGGCUGAUAAAUGCAUCAAUAUUUUACUUUAAGUUUUUCAGAGUCCAGGCAGUGUCUUUCCAGAGACCACAGAAUACCAAGUGACAUUUUUGCAGCUGAAGAAGUGUGUCUAUAAAACUGUGUACACGCAAGUGUUUUGGAACACUGAGAGCUGAAGUGUGUUGACAUGUCUUUUGAAAAGUGUAAAUCAAUUUUAUCUUUUUUUUUUUUUUUCAUUAUUGUACAUUCCGUUUCGGAAAGUGAUACAAUGAUAUGAUUUAGUGUAAAUUAUUUUGGCUGCCGAAUGCAUCGAUUACCAAAAAAUCCAUUGCUCAACUAAACAUUUUCAAAAAUGUUAAACAAAAAAAAAAAGUGUUGUGAAACCAUCAAUCAAUAUUUAUAAUUAAAUAAUAGCAAGAUUUAAGCCUUUAGAUUUACCUUUAGUUCUAUAUAAUUGUGUUUGGUGUAUAAAUAAAAUGCUGGCAAAAUAUUUUAUUUAUAAUAUAUAUUAGAUAUAUAGUUAAACUACAAAUAUAACUAAUUUAGAUGAUUACUUAAUAUCUGGCGUCGUCGUGUUUCUUUGGCUCACGGCAUUGGCGUUUGCUAAUGAUUACCGAUAGAGGGCGCAGUAAACCCGCAGCAGGGUAUGUUUAUAUCUGAUUGGAGAGUCUAUCUAUGGAUGCUACCAUUAAUGAUUUAAAAAGUAUUUAAUUGCUUUUUGUAUGUUGUUUUUUUAUUAUUAUUAUUAAACCCUAAUUGAUUAAUUUAAACUCAAAUAAAAUUGUGUUUCAGCG